CAUCUCGUGACCUACUUCCAAACACCCCCUAUAAACUGGCCCAGAAUCGCAAACCUCAAAAUAAAAACCCUAGCUCCUCUUUAAACCCUUGCGUUCGUUAUUCACAGCACAAGGAGUUCACCCCAGAAAGACUGGGAGCAAUUUCAACUACGCACAGCUUCUUGCUCAUUUGCAGUGUUGAAAUACACACGCGUUCCUUUAAAUUAAGUCGUUAUUGAAAUGGAGGAGAUUGCGGACGGAUUGAACAAGAUGAACAUUGCGGAAUCCCAGAAGAAGAACAGGAUUCAAGUCUCCAAUACCAAGAAGCCGCUUUUCUUUUACGUUAAUCUCUCCAAGAGGUACAUGCAACAGCACAACGAGGUGGAGCUUUCAGCACUUGGCAUGGCAAUUUCAACAGUUGUGUCAGUUGCUGAAAUUCUGAAGAACAAUGGAUUUGCUGUUGAAAAGAAGAUCAUGACAUCCACUGUGGAGAUAAAGGAUGAAUCAAGAGGAAGACCCAUCCAAAAAGCUAAGAUUGAAAUAGUACUUGGGAAGACAGCAAACUUCGAUGAAUUAAUGGCUGCAGCGCAAGAAGGUGGAGAGAAUGGAAAUGGCGAGGACUAGGGCUGGAGGGAGCUGUUAUAUGCCACCUUCGGUUAUGGAUGUCUCCUUAAGUUUGGGUUCGUGUAGAGUGGGCUAAGGACAGUCUUAAUAGUUGGUGUGGCUCUAAUUUUGUAACAAAUUGUUUCUUGACGUUUUUCUGAUUGCGUCUCUAUUCUGUUUUCCUUUUUGUUAAUUAUUCUUUAAUGAAGUUUUUCCUAUAUCUGUGACAUUUUGAUGGCGUCCUGUAAUGUGGGGUUGUGGCUUUGAUUAUUUUCUCUUGAUAAGUUGAAGGCGUAUCAUCCACCCAA